UCGUUUAUGCGAUUUUUUUUUAUUCCAUUUAUUUUCGCCAAAAAUUAUAUCAGAUCGACUUUUUCGCUUCGUUCUGGAAAACCCUCCGUGGAUUGGAUUCUCGUUGAUUUUCUCUUCCUCUUACAUCGACGACCAUGGCCGAACAACUCACUGAUGAUCAGAUCUCCGAGUUUAAGGAGGCGUUCAGCCUCUUCGACAAGGAUGGCGAUGGCUGUAUCACCACCAAGGAGCUUGGGACUGUGAUGAGAUCACUUGGCCAAAAUCCUACUGAAGCUGAGCUGCAGGACAUGAUCAAUGAGGUGGAUGCUGAUGGGAACGGAACCAUCGACUUCCCCGAGUUCCUGAAUCUGAUGGCCCGGAAGAUGAAAGACACUGACUCAGAGGAGGAACUGAAGGAAGCCUUCCGUGUGUUCGACAAGGACCAGAAUGGUUUCAUCUCUGCAGCUGAACUCCGCCACGUGAUGACAAAUCUCGGUGAGAAAUUGACUGAUGAAGAAGUCGAUGAGAUGAUCCGCGAGGCUGACGUGGAUGGCGAUGGCCAGAUUAACUACGAGGAAUUCGUUAAAAUCAUGAUGGCUAAGUGAGAGAUUGACAACAUGAAAAGGGGAACCUUAUAGAGGCUAAGAACCGAGAGAGAGGUUAGCGCAAAACUAUAUAUAUCCUACUGGAGCAAUUCAAUCUAGGAUGCUUCUUUUUCGUGAUACUAGCUUUAGUUGGUUCUCUCUUGUUUGCAGAAUUUAUGGUACUGUAUUCCGUUAUUGUUUGCUGUGUCUUUUUUUCUCUUCUUUUCUUUCCAUUUUCAGUAGAUUAGAUAGUGGGGUCUUCUAUCAUUAAUAUUUGCUGUGUUCUUUGCUGUUUUCUUUUGCUCCCCAAGAUGUAUUUCGACCUGUUGUUAAUGUUUGAAUAUUUAUUGGGUGGGAUUUUCUUUGAUCA